AUACACUUCUGAGAAACUCCUCUUUAUUUCCAUACAGAAAUCUGUGCUUUCGUCUACUCAGAACGCCCUAUGAUUUCUCAGGCACACUAGCGAGGGGCAGGCAGAGAGUUUGAAGGGCAUUAAAAUCCAAGGGAGCUUUGUCAUUAACUUCUGUGGUCCAGACUUUCAAAGACAACUAGCUGCUAUGUAAUAAGACGACUGGGUGGAAUUCCCCCUUUUCUGCAUGAGAGGUGCUGAAGGACUGCAAUGUAAAGGAAGUCACAGAGAUUGCACCUGGUAUUUUCACCCGAUAAGAUGGCCUCAGGAACAUUUGGUAAUUACAAAGAAAACUUUGAUGACUAUGAUUGGGAAUAUGACGGCAGCCUGGAGGUCUCAGAGCUUUUGCGGGAGAAAAUAUACAGCGAGGAGCUGCAAAGCUUGCUUUCUGAAGAGUGGAACUACAUGGAACUGUUGCAGGAAGUGGUGAAUCUUGAGAGGUCUGAAGGAAUCGUCCCUUGGGAAGAGAGCACCAGUGAAGAUAUCAUCGUCUUUCUGAAGCAGUUCCCGAAGCAGAGAGAGGAGAUAGAAAAGUGUAUCCAAUGCCUUAAGGAAAUGGCAGACAACAUUGACAAGACCCAUAAGAGGUGCACCAUUGCCAGCGUGGCAGCAAAUUCCACCAGCGUGGCUUCUGGCAUCUUGACCAUCCUUGGGCUGACCUUAGCACCGCUGACAGCAGGGGGAAGCUUGGCUCUCACAGCAACUGGGAUAGGCUUAGGGGCAGCGGCAGCAGCAACCAGCAUUUCUGCAAAUCUGUAUGAGAACGUCAGCAAUUCAAAGGAAAGGAGCAAAGCCAACGACCUUCUGGCGAAAUGCCAAAGCAACCUGGAAACAUUGACCUGCUCUGAUGAAGUUGAUUUCAGAUCCAAAUUCUCCCCAGCAAGCGAGGCCACAGGCGACCACCUGAAACACGUCCUUUCCCCUGCAAGUAAAAUUCCCGGGGUCAUAUGCAAAAGCGUGACGGGGAUAAGAACCAACGUAAGAGCGUUCCAACUGGUAAAAGCUAACCCUGGCUUGAAGGCCUUAGCAAAACGGCUCACUGCAGCUGGGAGCACAGCCCGGAAUGCAGCAAAGGGGACCAAGCAAGUGCAAAAAGCCCUAGCGGGAACCACGUUUGCCAUGUCCAAAAGCGCCAGGGUGCUCGGUGCCACAGCAGCGGGGGUUUUUGUCCUGCUUGAUGCCUAUAGCCUCAUGAAAGACUCCAUCCAUUUAGCUAAGGGGGCUCAGGUAGAGGCGGCAGUAGAUAUAAGAGAAAAAGCCAGCCAGCUUGAGAAGGACCUUCAAAACCUCAGUGAGCUGUAUGAGGAGCUGAAAGGCAUGGUGUACGGAUAGAAGACACACACAUUCUCAUUUCCAGCGUUGGGCCACAAGAACCACCAAACCACAAGGGGAGGGGAGAUCAUGGUAGAAAGUCAAAGCCUUCCAAAGCCACACGUGCUGCUAGCUGACAAGGAGAUGCCAGCUCCACUUUGACCAAAAGCAUCAAACUCUGAACAGCUCAAAGAGAUUGCAACCAUAACCCAGUCCCUCCUGUCUCAGGAAUUCAGUGAAAGGAGCAGGAGACGUUGUUCAGAAUCUGUGGCAUCCUGCUAGGAGUUUAUCCUAUCCUGCCUAUGCUUACGAGAAAGCAACAAUGUCCUGCAUGCACGUGUGAGACAUCUGCUCAGGGGUGAAAUUGCCAAGCCAGUAACUGCUUUUCAAAUGAACUUGUAAAGCAUGAAACUUUUUCUCCCUGUCUGUGUGGAGUAUAUUAGCUGCCUUGCCCACAUCUGUAAUGCUCACUGAAGCAUUUUAAUUCACCUCAGAGUGAAUAGCUAGAAAUAGCUGAAAUAGUUGUGCCUUGUCUUUGUGUUAGGAGUGACAUCUCCUUCCCUUAAUGCCAGGGGUUCUACAGACACCUAUUAAAAGACUCCGCCUUGAAGAGAUUGAAAACCCAAUAGAUAAGGCAGACAAAUGGGGAAAUAGAGGCAGAGAGAGGAAAAGUGAUUUGCCUGAGAUCUGCCAAGACAGCAGCAGCGCUAGGCACAGAACCCAGGUCCCUUGGGUUCCAUGCCACUAGACAAUGCUGUUGUUAGGCAUAGUGGAUGCCGUGCCGACGGGGUAAGCUGAGGGCAUCAUGCACUUUCAAUGAGGCGCUGACAGGCAUGGUGCCACAAUUCUCCUUUUCACGUGGAGAUGAGAGAAUCCUGCGUGGCUGAAGGGGAACCGGACUCAUGCUUGGCAGAGGCCCUUUCCUCCUCCUCCUCACCCACCCAGUUAUUUGACCAAGUACAGCACUAGAUGAGGGAGGCUCGGGACCCCACCACAUCUGGAAUUCAGCACCCGCUGUUUAGCAAGAGAUGGCAGGAGCCUAACCUGAGUCAGGGGCCGUCGUUAGCACCAUUCCUGUGACUCAGCACUUCAAAGCUAGGGAGGCAACCCUCUGCCUCAACCUCUCUCCUUGCAGGGAGUGAGUCACUUCACUGCAGGGCCCGGUGCUCCUGAGAACGGCUCCUGCGAAUGCUGCUGCACAGUAACCAUGGGCAGCAGCGCUAGAGAGAGAACCAAGCUAGCCUAUGCCUCCCUCCCACUCACCACCGGGAGGAGGAUAGAACAGGGGGUGCAGAACCCGGGGCUGGGAGUGAAUGUCUAGAUGAGUUGAUGUCGGCUCUGGAAGCCCCCCGCAUACUCCCUGGAGUACAUGCAGCCCUGUUUUAACCAAACAUGUGCUAGCAUGGGGGAGGUGACAGGGCGAGUAGCAAAGCACUAUCUCAGGGAGCUGGCGAAUCAAACCUUUUACAUUUCACAGGGUGGGAAGGGCGCACACACUCUAGCAAAGAGGAAGCUAACAUGUUGUUUCAGGCUCAGGCUUUAAACUGAAAGUGUGGCCUCUGCUCAAGCACUCCCAGUGCUCUGUGUAAACCCCCUCUUUGAGGGGGGCAGCUAACAGCUCUGAGAGCACAGUUCACAGCACUGUAGCCUGGUUUACACAGGAGCUUUCCAGGGCUAUGACUUACUGAGCUCGAGGGGGGGGGGUGUUUUUUCACACCUAUGAGCCAGAAAGUUACAGCUCUUUUAAGUGGCAGUGUAAACUUGGCCUCAGGCAACACUAACUAGCCACACUUUGUAGCCUUGCUCUGCCUGGGGCAAGAAAGCUUAAAAGAGACAGCCUGCAACAGGACGGGGUGGCGCCUAAGAAGGGGAGAGUGCUGUACCUUGAAGAUUUCUGGGUACAGGGACAGAUCAGUGAAGAGGAAGAUGAUUACAGACCCUGCCACCACCCCUGAGAAUGUCUGAUAUACAGCAGGGGUGACCAAAAGGGAGGGGGCUUGAGGCAGACCCUAAUCUUGAGCAGUAACAUCAUCUGGGGAGUUGAGAAAAUAUACACAGAUAGUAACUCAGGGUUCGUCUACACUGCACUGUUAUUUCGAGGUAACUAGUGUUAUUUCAAAAUAACAAUGCGAGUGUCUAC